AGGUACACAGACUGACUCUUGUCAAAAUUAAAUCGUCGUUAUUAAAUUAUUAUUGCGCUCAUGAAAAUAUAUAUACAAGUGUAUUAAUAAUCAUACGAAAUAUAAUAAAAAUGUUUGCUUCCAUUAAAACUUUUUUUAAAUGGAGUCCCAAAAAGAGCUUUGAAAACAAAAAUAAAACGUCAUCUUUAAUAUUCGUUUUAUUUGUAAAUAUCCUUGAAGAUGUUUUAUUUUGGAAAAAAAUAUGGUUAACUUUGUUAUUCUUUUUAUUUUUCAACGUGGUGUUUACAUCGUGUGUAUGUCGACAGCUAAAUAUAUUACAGUUUAUUUCUGGACUUUGUAUUUUAAUUAUAAGUAUCGAUGCGUUUGAGGCAUGGUUAAAAUAUAAACAUCGCAUUGCAUGUCUGAAAAGACUAGUUUAUCACGAAAACAAAAAUUUAAAAUCAGUCGCCCUUAAAGUUCAAACUUCGAUUGAAAAUAUGUGGACAGGUUUUAUAUAUUUACGUGAUAGAAAUCAUACUAAAGCUUUUUUGCUGCUUCAAAUAAUAUUGACCAUUAUGAUGUUAAUUGGAAAAUAUAUCAGUGGAUACACAUUAAUAUAUCUGUUAUGUACAGUAAUUUUUUUCUUAAAUAAACUUAUACCUCCAUUGGUAAAUAUUUUAAAAAAAGUUCAACAAAAUGCAGAAUCUGAUUUUGAACUCGAAGGUCUUAUCCCAGAAGAAACUGAUGUAAAUUUAGAUUUGCUGUCUAUUGAACCAGAUCAAAAACCUAUUAGGGAUGAAAAACAAAGUCUAGAUUAUUGGAAACCUGAAGAUUUACCUUUUGAAGAAGCAAGUGACAGUUCUGAUAAUAGUAGUUCAUUAGUAACUAAUUUAUCAAUUGAAAAAAUGAAAACACUAUCAAAAGAUGUUGAGGUAUCUGACUCUAGUGAAGAUGAGUAUAUGCCACAAGCACAGCCGUCUGAUCAGAUUCAAUCUACCUUAGAUGUACAACCAGUUGGAACCUGGAGUAAUGCCUUUAAUGUUCUGUCUAAUUUUGGAGGAACUGUUGCUAAUAUGGUAUACAGUACUCACGAAGAUAAGAAAAGGAAACGAGUUUCAAGUGUUGAUUCAUCAGAUGGAUUUGAAAUAAUCGACAAAACUGACUUACAGUAGACUAUGUACUUAAAAGUAAUAAAAACCAUCAACAAUUUAGUUUCACUAAAUAAUAGAUUUACAGUAAAAGAUAAUAAUUAUAGCAAA